AUGGCCAGCCAGGGUGGGGGCUCCAUCCUAGCACCACUUGUGAGUGAGGGGGUGUCCAGCAGCUGCAUACCCCACGCAAGGUCCUCCUCAGCUGACCCACAGCCCCUGCCCCCACCCCUGCCUAAGAAGACCCUGAGCUGCCCCCCGACAGGGCUCCCAGCCCCAGCCCCACUCCCAGCAGGCCAGCCUCAGAGGCCCCUUCUGGGGUCCCACAGGGUGGAUGAGAGUCAAACAGGCCAUGACAAGAGGCCAACUUGUCCCCCUGCAGAGCUGCCCUUCUGCUCGAUGGACACCGAGCUGGGCCUGUCCUUCCACGCAGAGGCCUGGCAGCUGGAGGGCUUCUGUGCCAUGCGUGCUUGGCUCCCGACUCGGGUCCUGGGGGGCACCCGGCCCCCCCUCCUGCAUGGAGAGCAGAGCGAGAAUGCCCUCUACUACCGCACGGUGCGGGUGGAUGAGGCCUGGCCUGGCCUGGCCGCCAAGAGGAGCCCCACCAUCACCGCUCCUCUGCCAGGGGCUCUCCAACUUUCCCUCCUAGGCAGACCCACACCUGCUUAUUUCACAGCCAACGAACAGCCCUGGGAACCACGUUUCUCCAUCACCUGGGAGACUUGUAGCAGUCCCAUGGGAGCACAGAGGCCCACAGACUUCGCCUAAACCUUGGCCUUGCUGCCGCUGCAGCUGAGCACGGCCCUGGAGCACCUGGAGGUGGGCACAUUCUUAGCAGAGCUGCGGCCGGGAAACCUGCUGCUGGAAUGCCACGGGACUGCUCGGACUCCAGGGCCCUAUCCGGAACACCUGGCAUCCCAGGCCCUGCCCUGGGGACCCUGGCCGGAGCUGUGUGGCCGCGGCACUGCUGGGCCCUGGCUGCGGGUGUGCCACGCUCUGCUGGUCCUGCACCUAGUGGAGCAGCUGAGCUGUGGAUACCUGGCCGAGGCCAUGAAGGCCUCACUGGGCCGCACCCUGGCACUGCUGUGGGACUGA